AUGGACUCCCCAAAUACAACUCUCACAGUCACCCACAUUACCACGGCAACUGCCAUCCUGAACAUCGACGGCAUCAACUUCCUAACCGAUCCCUAUUUCGGUACUGAAGGCUCUCACGUCACAGAGCUAGACUGGCAGAAUGCCCGUUUACAGGAAGACUUUGGACUAGAUGCCAUUCCGCCACCGGUUUCCCUUGUCAACACCAACGGACCAGCACUUCAGCUCCACGACAUACCGCCCAUUGACGCGGUGCUUCUAAGUCACGAAGACCAUCUUGACAAUCUCGACCCGGAGGGACGCAAGCUACUGGAUGGACGGAAGGUGUUUACUACCAUGGAUGGAGCCUCUAACCUGCGUCCUCGUCCUGGAGUAGUCGGUCUUCGCCCCUGGCAGACCGUGACUGCCAACAUUGGAGGAAAGACUUUUCAAAUCACCGGCACUCCCUGCAAGCAUUUCCCGAUUGGCGAGGUAACUGGAUUUAUUUUGGAGACCGACUCGUUUGGCACCGAUGCUGCAACCGGGAAGCCAAACGCGAUUUACUUUUCUGGUGAUACAGUCUAUAUCGACGAGCUGAAAGAGAUCGGGAACAAAUGGCAUGUCAUGGCUGCUGUUCUCAAUCUGGGGAAUGCGACUUUCCACUUUCCGAUUGGUCCUAUCCAGAUUACGAUGAAUGGUAAACAAGCUGCUCAGUUUGUUCGUGACAUUGGCGCUGAUGUUAUGGUUCCCAUGCAUUUCGAGUCAUGGGAUCAUUUUACUGAGUACAGGGAGGAUUUGGUUAAGGUUUUCGAAGAAAAAGGGAUUAUGGAUAAAGUGUGUUGGACGACUCCUGGUGUUCCAAAGUCUGUUUAUUAG